UAAGGGAGAACACACACAUCCGUUCACAAUGGCAAGAAAGUUUCAGAACAUUCUUCUUCUUGUUUUACACAUAGCAUUUUGUCAAAUCUCCUCGGGAAGUGGUGGAUUACUUGCGGUCAGUGGAACAACGGACGCGAUAUUCUUUACUUCUGAUGUGAACACCUAUCAACAGUGUUAUAACCUAUGUGCGGCAGUGACGGUGUGCACUGCGUUCAACUUCCAUCCUAACUCCGGCAGAUGUGAGCUCAGCAUGUUUUCCAACACCCCAGCGGCGAGCGGGGUGUCCCUGUACACCGAAUUUCACAAACUGUCGGAUCAGGUUCCAAAGGAGCUGUGUCGAUCACGGCCCUGCAUGGAGGAGCAGUAUUGUGUAACGACCCAGUCUGGAGAUUCCUUCAUUUGCCUCAACUAUAAACACGCAAUCAAGUGCAAUGAUCCCCCGACAUAUGCCGGCAUGACUGUGGAGUCGGUGAUGUACCACACAUCUGGUGUGACAGCAGUAUACGGGUGUGGGGUCGGGUAUGAGGCUGCAGGAGGCCAUGAAGUCAGCUCCUGCACAAACACAAUGUGGAUCAAACCCACCCUGAUCUGUCGGGCUACAGACUGUGGAUCCCCUCCUGUACUCCCUAACAUGACCGGGACAGCGUCUACGUCGUUGUAUGGAGCCAUGGCCACAUACACCUGCUUGAUUGGCUUCACAGAGAGCGGGGCGGGGACGAGCACCUGUCAGGCAAAUGGCGCCUGGUCCAUACCAAGUUUAUCAUGCACAGUUGUAGACUGUGGGGCUCCAUCUUCUCAAACCAACAUGGAUGUGUCUGCUCCUUCCACGGAAUACGGAGCCACGGCCACAUACAUCUGCGUGACUGGCUACACAGGGAGCGGGACAAGCACCUGUCAGGCCGAUGGCUCCUGGUCCACAUCAAGUGUAGCAUGCACAGCUACAGACUGUGGAUCCCCUCCUGUACUCCCUAACAUGACCGGGACAGCGUCUACGUCGUUGUAUGGAGCCAUGGCCACAUACACCUGCUUGAUUGGCUUCACAGAGAGCGGGGCGGGGACGAGCACCUGUCAGGCAAAUGGCGCCUGGUCCAUACCAAGUUUAUCAUGCACAGUUGUAGACUGUGGGGCUCCAUCUUCUCAAACCAACAUGGAUGUGUCUGCUCCUUCCACGGAAUACGGAGCCACGGCCACAUACAUCUGCGUGACUGGCUACACAGGGAGCGGGACAAGCACCUGUCAGGCCGAUGGCUCCUGGUCCACAUCAAGUGUAGCAUGCACAGUGGUGGAUUGCCAGACGCCCGUGUCGACUUCUGUGGCUGAUCCCGUCAACUACAACUACAGCACAUACGGCAGCUCUGCUAUCUUUGCCUGUCAGUUGGGGAAGACGACGUCCUCGGGAACAGCAACAUCUACGUGCCAAGACAACGGCGCCUGGAGCGAGCCCACGUUACAGUGUACCGAUCUGCAGGAUUUGGAAACAGAUUCAUCAGCAGGAACGUCGACGUCGUUGGUGUGUGAGGAUCGGGUGUCUGGGCCGUCACUUGUUGCCGAUGAUGCUUUGGCGCCGGCUCCGUGCCAGAAUACUGAGAUUGUAACUGGGUGUUCAAGUUUGCUGGACAAUAACGAGCCUUACUCCGACGGUCAGGCGAUUGUGGUGGUGGACGGGAAGGUAGUGUGCAAUGCCGUAAACAGCUGGCAGGCCACGGGGCCUGUGCGAGGUCACGCCCGAUGCUGCUCCAUGGCUGGUCUCAAGUGCGAGUACCUCCAGAUGCCAUACACAGACAAGGCCGACAAUGCCCAGACAAGCAGGACCUGCAAGGACGGCUACUGGCCCACAGGCUGCAUUGUGAGCCACUGGCAUGGACAGUUCGAUGGCGUGUUCCUGACGGCUGGCGGCUGCACUGCACAAAACAAUGGACCCGAUGACGGCGUUUUUGGAACCACAAUAUGUUGCUCGGCCCCCAACCUCAACUGUAUCUGGGUGGAGUCGGAGGUGACUGGGAGUGGUCUUGGGGAUACAGCCUCGGUUUCAUGUCUGAGUGGCUACACUAUGACUGGUUGCAUGAGCUUCUCGCCAAACGCAGGGAAUAGAGGCGCCUACAUCGAGAACGUGAGCGGUGUCGACAGCUGCGUUGCUGUGAACGGACUGGCAAGGUCGGGCUCAGAUACACCCCCUAAAGCUGUCGCCGCUUGUUGCAAUGUCGGCUGGACUAAUGUCUAGACAGGACAACAUGGACGGCGUCUUGUCACGUGCUGGCAACCCACCAAAAAGGACCUACAUGCUUGAAAAACAACUCUGUAAUAUAUACAUGAUCCAAACACGUGACAUCUACGUCAUCACUCAGCAAGGCCCGUAGGUGCAACAGUCUCUUUACCCCCUCAACACACCCGUGACAUCUACAUCAUCAGUCUCUCUAGCCUCUCGACACACCCGUGACGUCAACAUCAUCAGUCUCCCUAACACCAGAACACACCCGUGACGUCUAAUUCAUCAGUCUCUCUAGCCCCUCAACACACCCGUGACGUCUACAUCAUCAGUCUCCCUAGCCUCUCAACACACCCGUGACGUCUACAUCAUCAGUCUCUCUAGCCCCUCAACACACCCGUGACGUCAACAUCAUCAGUCUCCCUAGCCUCUCAACACACCCGGGACGUCAACAUCAUCAGUCUCUCUAGCCCCUCAACACACCCGUGACGUCUACAUCAUCAGUCUCUCUAGACCCUGUACACACCCGUGACAUCUACAUCAUCAGUCUCUCUAGCCUCUCAACACAUCCGUGACAUCUACAUCAUCAGUCUCUCAAGCCUCUAACCACACCCGUGACGUCAACAUCAUCAGUCUCCCUAGCCUCUCAACACAUCCGUGACGUCUACAUCAUCAGUCUCUCAAGCCUCUCAACACACCCGUGACGUCUACUUCAUCAGUCUCCCUAGCCCCUCAACACACCCGUGACGUCAACAUCAUCAGUCUCCCUAGCCCAUCAACAGACCCGUGACAUCUACAUGAUCAGUCUCUCUAGCCCCUCAACACACCCGUGACGUCAACAUCAUCAGUCUCCAUAGCCCCUCAACACACCCGUGACAUCUACAUGAUCAGUCUCUCUAGCCCCUCAACACACCCGUGAGGUCAACAUCAUCAGUCUCCCUAGCCCCUUAACACACCCGUGACAUCUACAUCAUCAAUCUCUCUUGCCCCUCAACACACCCGUGACGUCUACAUGAUCAGUCUCUCUAGCCCCUCAACACACCCGUGACGUCAACAUCAUCAGUCUCCCUAGCCCCGGAUCACACCCGUGACGUCUACUUCAUCAGUCUCUCAAGCCUCUAGCCACACCCGUGACGUCAACAUCAUCAGUCUCCCUAGCCCAUCAACACACCCGUGACAUCUACAUCAUCAGUCUCCCUAGCCCCUCAACACAUCCGUGACGUCAACAUCAUCAGUCUCUCUAGCCCCUGUACAAACCCGUGACGUCUACAUCAUCAGUCUCUCUAGCCCCUCAACACACCUAUGACAUCUACAUCAUCAGUCUCUCUAGCCUCUCGACAAACCCGUGACGUCUACAUCAUCAGUCUCCCUAACACCAGAACACACCCGUGACAUCUACAUCAUCAAUCUCUCUAGCCCCUCAACACACCUAUGACAUCUACAUCAUCAGUCUCUCUAGCCUCUCAACACACCCGUGACGUCUACAUCAUCAGUCUCUCUAGACCCUCAACACACCCGUGACGUCAACAUCAUCAGUCUCCCUAGCCCAUCAACACACCCGUGACAUCUACAUCAUCAGUCUAACUAGCCCCUCAACACACCGGUGACAUCUACAUCAUCAGUCUCUCUAGCCUCUCAACACACCCGUGACGUCUACAUCAUCAGUCUCCCUAGCCCCUCAACACACCCGUGACGUCUACAUGAUCAGUCUAUCUAGCCCCUCAACACACCCGUGACGUCUACUUCAUCAGUCUCUCUAGCCUCUCAACACACCCGUGACGUCUACAUCAUCAGUCUCCCUAGCCCCUCAACACACCCGUGACGUCUACAUGAUCAGUCUAUCUAGCCCCUCAACACACCCGUGACAUCUACAUGAUCAGUUGAUCUGGUGCCUCAACACACCCGUGACAACUACAUCAUCAGUUGAUAGGGUGCCCUCACCACACCCGUGACAUCUACAUGAUCAGUUGAUCUGGUGCCUCAACACACCCGUGACAACUACAUCAUCAGUUGAUAGGGUGCCCUCAACACACCCGUGACAUCUACAUGAUCAGUUGAUCUGGUGCCUCAACACACCAGUGACAUCUACAUCAUCAGUUGAUAGGGUGCCCUUAAUCACACCCGUGACGUCAACAUCAUUAGUCUCUCUAGCCUCUCAACACACCCGUGACAUCUACAUCAUCAGUUGAUAUGGUGCCUCAACACACCCGUGACAUCUACAUCAUCAGUUGAUCUGGUGCCUCAACACACCCGUGACAUCUACAUGAUCAGUUAAUCUGGUGCCUCAACACACCCGUGACAACUACAUCAUCAGUUGAUAGGGUGCCCUCAACACACCCGUGACAUCUACAUCAUCAGUUGAUCUGGUGCCUCAACACACCCGUGACAGCUACAUCAUCAGUUGUUAUGGUGCCCUUAAUCACACCCGUGACAUCUACAUUAUCAGUCUCUCUUGCCCCUCAACACACCCGUGACAUCUACAUCAUCAGUUGAUCUGGUGUCUCAACACACCCGUGACAUCUACAUCAUCAGUUGAUCUGGUGCCCAUGUACAUGAACAUUUAACAGAGAACCCAAUUGCACGAGCUGUUCUUUACAGGAAUUGUGUGAGGUGUUGUGAUCUACCUUCACUCAUUGUGGUAUUGUUGAGAUGAGAUCAAGGAAGCCGCUCAAGUCACACACAACGCCAGCUAUAGAACUGGAAUUCGUUUUUUGCGAACUUUACAUGGAAAAUCAGUCCAUGUAAAUCAGGCCUACUUAACAGUGAAUUCAUAUAACAGUGAGUUGAAAUUCAUUCCGUCACGGUAGAGUAAUGUAUACAACUAUGUCAUCAUAAAUGUCGAUUUGACUUUUCGGUUGCUGUAGUUCCCAGUGGAAUACGACGUCAGUCGAUGACAAUCUGGCGUAAAUUAGGGUAUUGUAUGACAGACACACGUUUCAACCAGAAGCACUGGUGAUAUGGCAAAAUUGAUAUGAGAAAUUCAGGUAGUUGUUUGACAUUAUCAUUGUUAGAGUAAUGUAUUUAUGCAGAUUAAAAGAACCUUAUCUAU